AUAGACGAGAAUAAGCACAAUGAGUGGGGCCGGAAUUGUUUUAUCUAAAAUUGCUAAAUUAUGUCUUGAAAAAGAUGAAGACAGCGAGAAAAGCGACAGCAAUUGUUUUCUCCACCGUCAAAAACAAUGGCAAAUUUUAACGUGCUACGAAAAGGAUGCGGAAAAAUUAAUUGAAAUCGUAAAAAUAUCUGAAAACUCCAGAUCAAAAAUCGUUGAAUUUGCUGAGUCGGAGGACGGUAAUCACCUGCUGGCGUUGUACAACAAUUUUGUUUAUUAUGUUCAUCGGAGACAAAAAGAGACUAUUGAUAUUCUUUUCCGGAUUUUCUUUCGAAGACUCGAACACGAAUCCGAAGGCAAUGGAAAUGAAGAUGAGGAAUGCGUUCAGGAUGAGGGUGGCGAACAUAUUUUGAAAACGUAUGUGACUACAAAACUUUUUGAAGCUCUCCAGAAACGGCACAAUCACUUGAGCAAAGCCUUCGAAGACAUCCAGAUUGCACUGCCAUUACGAUUCUUGCCCAAACUUUGUAACUAUCAGCUAAGAAGUGUUAAAUGGAUGUGUACGAAAGAGAGGUCACCAUCCAAAUUUGGUCGAUUUUUUGACAAAGUUCAGGCUAAGGACAAUGAGACAACGGUGUACAAGCAUCGCUAUAUACCGCAUUUGGAACCAGAACAGCCAGUAGAAAUUACUCUACCACCAGGUGGAAUUUUGGCCGACGAAAUGGGCCUUGGUAAAACAGUGGAGAUAUUGGCCCUUAUUUUGCUUAAUCCUCGGCAAUAUGUGGAGAUAGGGGCCAAUUUAAAAUUAGAAUUUGAAAAUUAUAAGACCAAACGACAACGCAUCGACGAUGAAAUUUUUUGCAUAUGCACAUCCAAAUCAAACAAGAAAAUUCUCAAAUGUAGUAAAUGUCAUCUAGGGCAACAUUCCAAAUGUGUUGCAAGAUACGACGACGACCAUGACGAUGAAGUCAAUGACCCCUACAUUUGUCCUGAGUGUUGGCAGAAUGUAAUUGCAGAAUGGGGUCUGAUUAAAUCAAAGGCAACAUUUAUCGUCUCUCCCACUUCCAUAAAAUCCCAAUGGCUCUCUGAGAUCAAACGUCAUAUACAGCCAUCCCUGCGUGUCUUACUUUAUGAUGGAGCGUUUGCUGGAAAAUGGAUAAGUCCUAGGCAAUUGGCAGACUACGAUGUAAUCCUUACAGACUACAACAUACUACGAAGAGAAAUCUUCUACACCCAAGAAAAUGUAAGUGAACGCACAAUGAGAAAUAAACCCCGUUGCAUACGAGUGCAGACGCCAAUCUUAAUGGUGGAGUGGUAUAGGGUGUGUUUGGACGAAGCUCAAAUGGUUGAAUCGAACACAUCUGGUGUAGCUGCAUUGGUACGAAUGCUGCCAGCUAUUCAUCGUUGGGCCGUUACUGGAACUCCUAUACAGCGAUCACUUAAUGAUCUCCAACCUCUACUUCAGUUUGUAGGAUUUGAAGAGGUCGCUGAAAAGUCCACAUGGAAUUCAUUGGUUAAAAAUUUUUUGCUACAUCAUCGCGAAACCAUAGAAAAGGAGGACACUGAGCUGAUAAACGCUCUGCAGAAAUGCAUGUGGAGAACAUGCAAAUCUCAAAUAGUCGAUGAAUUACGUAUUCCCCCCCAAACACAGAUUGUUCAUCGCAUUCAGUUUGAUAACUUAGAGAAACUCUUCUAUAACGAACAACACGCCGACUGUAGAAUGACAUUCAUGGGAAAUGUUCGCAAAUAUAAAAUGACUUCCAUAUCGCCACAAGUUAUGAAAUUGAUUUUGCAACCUUUUUUAAAAAUACGGCAAUCAUGUACCAUGCCUGUUGUUGUCAUGAAUUCCAAAGCAAAUAGUACUUUGGCUUUGCCACAAAAACAGUUUUUGCAUCCCCAGGAGUUGCAUAGAUACCUAAAAUCAUCAAAUGAGUUAAGCUGUAAAUCGGAGCUGAGAGCCAUGGCAUCAACUCAUAACGGACUGGCAGCCAUAUAUUAUAUACAACAAAAAUACGAUGAUGCCACCAAAAAUUACAAUGCGGUUCUAAAAUUGGCGCGUGAUUAUACCCAUAUGAAUAUUACUGUGGAUAGCCUCUUGCAAAUACAUGCUCUUUAUAAUUUGAUGGAAAUCAAAAUCAUGCAGAAGGAAUCACCCGCCAACUUAGAAACGUACCAAACUCAAUACAAUGCCUUGGAAUGGAAAUAUUUGAGUACAUAUGCAAAUACCUUAUCGACUGUUAUGCAAAGCUACGAGUCUGCAAUUAAUAAUACAAACAUAGAUAUUGGAGAGACGCUAAUUGCUAGCAUGUCCGAAGGUUUAAUGACCGUCAAGAAUUCGGAGAUAAUGUUCCUAUUGCAAAAAAUUUAUGAAGAUUGUAUGCCCCGGUUUGGUGUAUCUCAUGCCAAGUUAUCCGAAGUUCAAAGUAUUCAUUCAUUAUUGUACAUCGUUGAUGUAUGGCAAAAGAAAUUAACAAAAAUGUUAAAAAAGUUGGAGACUGAAAUUCAAAAUUUGAGGUAUUUUACCGAAAAUGUUAAGUCACGCAGUCAAGUGAGUCCGGGAAUAUGGGAAAAAAUCAUGGAACUGGUGCACAGUGUCUAUAAUUGUCAUCUUAGUGAGAUACGAGAAAAGGAAAAGGACAAGCAGAAAACUGAAAAUCGAUCGUCCACAAAAAAACCAUUAUGUAAAUUGUGUUCAAUACGUGAUAUCAUCAAUAGUUUCGAAUGCUUACUAUUCGACAAGGUAAUUGACAAGGAUUCCAAACUAACUGAAGGCUUGGAAAAUAAUUCGUUCGAGAUGUUUGUUUGUAAAAUAACGUUUUCCUAUCUAAAAAAUAAACUCUCGGAUAUUCAUUUGUCCAAGACGAUGGAACAAAAUUGGUUGCAUUUGGAGCACUUGCAGACCGUAUGCAAACGUCUUAUAAAACUAUGGAUUGAAAUUGAAUAUACCAUAAAGGCCUACGAUGAGCUGAAUAUGUGUAAACUUCGUAUUGAACUCACGACAGAUCCAGACGAAAAGUCCAUUUACAAAAUAUUUGAACACGAAAUCGACCAGAGGACAUUGGAUCAGCAAAAUGAACUUCUGAUUGCUCAAAGGCAGUUUACAAUGAAAUUGGCUAGACUUAAAUAUAUUAAGCACUUAGAGAGUGAUCAAGAGAUUGGCCCAUGUCCCAUAUGCCAUUCGGUGGAGGAGGAUAGAUAUGCCGUCUUAGAGUGUGGUCAUCACAUUUGCUUCCAGUGUUUGCGAUCUAUUCAACAGUAUGAUAGAAGUGGUACCUUAAAGUGUUCCGUAUGUCGUUACCUGCAGCAUCAUCAACAUUUGUAUUAUGUCAGUAAAUUCAAACGCAAGGAGCAGGAAGUACAAAAAGUAAAGGGAAACUAUUCAUCAAAAAUUACUUACAUUGUUGGUUUGAUUUUAAAGCUUCAAACGCAACACAAUCUCGAUACCUCGGCUGGCAAACCGAAUCUGCAAAUAUUGAUAUUUUCGCAAUGGUUGCCAAUUUUAAUUGCCAUUUCGGCAGCUCUUAAAGAAAAUGAUAUCAGUUACCGAAUACAUCGCAAUCCUCAAUCUGUUGAGGAGUUUAAGAAUCCCAAUCGCAACAUAACCUGUUUGUUGAUGCCUUUCGUGAAGGGUUCCAAAGGUCUAAACCUUGUAGAAGCCACCCAUGUUUUCUUGGUGGAACCAAUUCUCAAUCCUGGCGAAGAAUUACAAGCCAUAGGCAGAGUGCAUCGUUUUGGUCAAACAAGGGCGACUACUGUUCACCGUUUCAUUAUGGACGAUUCUAUUGAAGAGAAUAUCCACAAUUUUAUUUCAUCAUCACCUCUCAAAGAAAACGUUACCAGCGGUGUGGAACACAAGUGGGAGAUGGAAAAUGUAUCGUUAGAUGACUUUGAAAAUCUCUUUGUGUUGAAGGAAAAAAAUUAGUUUACGAUUAUUUUUACAUCCUCGACAGCAUUCCUUACAGUAUUUACAUAUUUUAAAUUAUUCGUGACAACGUACAAAAGAAAUUCUUUUUUCUAUUUAUUUGACAAUUUUUCCCCAAA